GUUUCCUGAAGCUGGGAAGACAUGAGCUCCUCUCUCACCUCUUCAGGGAGCAAGAAUGAAAAUACGAUGCGGCCACCACAUUCAUAGACUGAGGCCCGGGUGCUUCCUGUUGUCCCUGUCGCUGCUGGCGGUCUGUCUCCUCAAGCUGGUGUCCAUCAAGGGUUCGGAGCGGGACGGCGUCUACGUUCCGCCCGAUGGCGUCAAUGCCAGCUCCCCCCGUGGCCACAGGUACGACGUCAACUGCACCGCCAUCUACGAGCUGGACCCCGUGGAGGUCGGCAAGGCCCUCCAGAUAAGGCGGAGGCCGGCGGCGGACGAGGACGACGCCAGCACGGCGUCGCUGACCUCCGACUGCCGGGCGUUCAUGGGGAGCAGAGGCUACGGCGACGCGCCGGCGUCGGCGGCGGAGCGGAGCUUCCCCCUGGCCUACACCCUGGUGGUGCAUAAGAACGCUCCCAUGGUGGAGCGGAUCCUCCGCGCCAUCUACGCCCCUCACAACGUCUACUGCAUCCACUACGACCAGAAGUCCUCCCCGGCCUUCAUCAGGGCCAUGAGGAACCUGGCCGCCUGCGUUCCGCACGUCUUCAUUUCUUCCAAGCUGGAGUCGGUGGAGUACGCCCACAUCUCCAGGCUGAACGCCGACCUGAACUGCCUCUCCGACCUGCUCCGGUCGGCGGUCGGGUGGAAGUACGUCAUCAACCUGUGCGGCCAGGACUUCCCCCUCAAGUCGAACUACGAGCUGGUGGCGGAGCUGCGGCGGCUGAACGGCAGCAACAUGCUGGAGUCCAGCCGGCCCAGCCCGCUCAAGAGGCAGCGCUUCAGCUUCCGCUACCAGCUGAGGAGCGUGCCUUACGAGUACCGCCGCAUCCCCGUCAAGACCGCGGCGGCGAAAGAGCCACCUCCUCACGGCAUCGAGGUGUUCAUGGGGAGCGCCUACUUCGUCCUGUCCCGGCCGUUCGUGGACCACAUCAGCGGCAGCCGGCUCGCCAAGGACUUCCUGUCCUGGUCCGAGGACACCUACUCACCGGACGAGCACUUCUGGGCCACUCUGGUCCGGGUUCCGGGGGUGCCGGGCCACGUUCCCAGACCCGAGGCCGACAUCAGCGACCUGAGGAGCAAGACCCGGCUGGUGAAGUGGAACUACCUGGAGGGCGUCCUGUACCCGGCCUGCACCGGGACGCACCUGCGCAGCGUCUGCAUCUACGGAGCGGCCGAGCUGCGCUGGCUGCUCAGCUCCGGCCACUGGUUCGCCAACAAGUUCGACCCCAAGGUGGACCCGGUCCUCAUCCAAUGUCUGGAGGAGAAGCUGCGGGAGAAACGUCGGAUUGUGAAAACGUGA